CUAAUUUCUGGUUCCCAAGAUGGAGGAAGAUGCUAGCCUAUUCCUUGAAGAGGAGCUUUGGGACAACAUCCCUCUCAUGGAAGAUGAAGGAGAUAAACUAGAAGAUACAGAGUUUGAGGUGGGAUCUCUUCCUCUGGAGGCUGAGGACCAUGCUGACUCGGGAUGCAGCUGUCCAGAGAAAGAGCAGGACGCUGAUGCCCAGAGAAGGAAGAAGAAAGCCACUGUCCGAGACAGAAUUCAGGCGUCACACCUGCGGGAGAACCUGAACUCCCUAGAUAAGCUGCACGGGGAGCAGGACCUCUUCAUUCAGAAGAUGAGAGAGGAGCUGCGUGCUUGCCGCCAGAGGAUGGAUCUCCUCACCAAACAGCAGGAGAGUGUGGCGGCCGAGCUGGCUGCGGAGAGAGAGGCCAACAACAUGGCAGCCGUGGGCCGCCUCCAGGCAGCAUCCAGACGCCUGUGCAUGGAGCUGGAGAACGAGAGAGACCUGCAGUGGAAAACCCAGGCCGUGCUGAAGGAGAGCGAGAGCGCCAUGUGGCACAUUGCCAUCCAGGAGGGGCAACUUGAAGACGUUCGCAAGUUUAUGCAAGAAGAGGCGGCUGCCGCCAGGCAGUGCCUCCAGGUGCAGGCAGCCGAGCAGCUCCGCAAGGAGAAGGAGGCCUUGAGGACGGCGGAGAGGAACCGGCUGCUGAGGGUCAGGAAGUCUAUGUGCCUCCAGAAGGAGCACGGGCUCAGGCACCAGAAGCUGGUGGAAGACGCCCAGAGGAACCACAGGAUCGCGGUGAAGUUCCUGAAGGCCUCCCUGGGAAGAAUCCACGAGCGAGAGAGGAAGGAGGAGCUGGAGUCCCGCGAGCACAUGAGGAGGCGCAUGGACGCUGUGCUGGCCCUGAAGAACAACAUCACUGCGAACCGGGAAACGCUCCGGAAAUUUCAAGCGCGGGGCCAGGCCAAGGCAGAGCUGGCUGAGCAGAAGGCCCAGGCUGAGAAGGAGACGAUUCUGGCCCAAGGCGGGGACGCUUUCAAGCACCUUGUCCAUCAACGCUGGCACCAGGAGCUGGAGGCCCAGAAACGCGCCUUUGAGGAGGAGCAGAAGCGCAGAGAGCAGGAGAUGGUGAGUCGGAUUCUGAAAGAGGAGGCUGAGGAGGAAGACAGGAGGAAGAAACAACACCCGCCCCCCAAGCCCGAGGGCCGCCCGACUCUGAGACACAAGACGUGGAGCUAUCUGGCCGACUUCUGUGAAGGGAAGAACGCAGCAGUGACGCCCUGUCACCCACUGGAGAACGACAAUUUUGCAUGCCCUGAAACCUCUGAGUUAGUGCAAGCCGUCUCCAGUGAGUCCGUCCAGGGGGACCCCGGGAACGUCAACUGGGAGGAUGAAACGCUGGCUGAGCCAGAAAUCUCUGGGCUGUGGAAUGAAGACUAUAAGCUGUCCCAGGUGCCAAAAGAGGAUGUGGAGCCGAAGCCCGUGGGCGGGACGAAGAUGGACAAGGACAUCCUGGCCCGCACCGUGGAGCGGCUGCGCAGGGGGGUGAUCCACAAGCAGGUGGUGUCCGGGCGCGAGUUCAAAGGGCGCCCCUUCAAUAGCAAACCCGAGCUCAUCCACUUCAAGGACUUUGAUAUUGGCAAAGCAUACAAGAAAAAGAUCACGUUGAUCAAUGCCACCUACACGAUUAACUACUGCAAGCUGGUGGGUGUGGAGGAGCAUCUCAGGGACUUCAUCCACGUUGACUUUGACCCCCCUGGGCCCAUGUCAGCCGGGAUGUCCUGCGAAGUGCUGGUCACCUUCAAGCCCAUGAUAAACAAAGAUCUGGAAGGAAAUGUCUCAUUUCUGGCUCAGACGGGCGAAUUUUCUGUUCCACUGAAGUGUUCAACAAAAAAAUGUUCUCUGUCCCUUGACAAGGAGCUCAUUGACUUUGGCAGCUAUGUGGUAGGUGAGACCGCAUCCCGGAUCAUCACGCUGACCAACGUCGGGGGCUUGGGCACCAGAUUCAAGUUUCUUCCGGCAUCAGAGUCCUAUGAGAUGGACAUCUCCCCGUCAGUCCUGAAAAUAAGCAGUCUCUUUACAUCCGAAGAUAAAGGCUUUAAUGAAAAAAUCAUCACCAGUUUUUCUGAGCAGCAGAUCGAGGGCAAUGAGUCGUCUCCCAUUGACGAGCCAAGCCAAAAGGAGUCUGGCAAUCUGGACAGCAAGGAGCAGGAGGAGGGGCGCCCUGCAGAAUCAGAGGGAGUGACCAUGGCCACCAUCACGACCAUACCUCCCCAUGAAGAACAGAUGGAAAUCUCGCUGGGAGAGGUCGCAGAGGGUGAGAUCGGCCCCUUCAGCUCUGUCAAAGUGCCCGUCAUCUUCACUCCGGUUAUCCCAGGAGCUGUCCACACCAGGUUCAAGGUCGUGUUUAAGAAUCCGCAAUGCCCAACGUUAUAUUUCAGAGUCGUUGGCAUUGCUAUCGACGUGCCGGUCUGGGUGCCAAAGCCCAACGUGGACCUGAAGAUAUGCAUGUACGACCGGCUGUAUCAGGACUCCAUCCUCGUCCACACGCGGUCGAAAGCGGCCCUGCGCCUGAAGUUCGAGGUGUGCGAGGAGCUGAGGGGCCACAUGGAGCUUCUGCCCGAGACAGGCUACAUCCAGGCCCUGUCGUCCUACUCGGUGCAGCUCAAGUUCCUGCCGCGACACUCCCUCCCGGAAGAUGCAGGGAAGUAUUUUGACAAGGAAAGCAGAGUUCUGGAGGCCCCAAUGACAAUAUGGGUGGCUGACCAGAUCAAACCUGUGGGGUUUACCGUCCACGCCAUAGUCACCACCUCAGACCUGGAGCUCAGCCCCUCCGAGGUGGACUUUGGCUACUGCACCAUCUACGAGGCCAUCAGGACCGAAGUCAGCCUCUGCAACCACUCCCUCCUGCCUCAGGAGUUUGGAUUCGUCGGGCUCCCCAAGUUUGUGGACAUCCAGCCCAAUGAUGGGUUUGGGACGAUCCUGCCGCUGGAAACUCUGCAACUUGAUGUGAUCUUUCAGCCCACCAAGGCAAAGGACUACAACUUUGAGCUUGCCUGCAAGUCAGAGAUCAACCGGUGCUUCAAGCUAACCUGCCGGGCCGUGGGCGUCCACCCGCCCCUGGAGCUGUCCCACUACCAGAUCAAGUUUGCAGCGACCUCCUUGUACGACACGUCCGUGGCCACCCUGUAUGUCGUCAGCUCUCACUUGAGCAUGAGCUCGCUGGCCCACUCUGUGCCCUGCAUCAGCUCGGAGGAUACCUCCCCCAUGGGGCCCACAUCUUUUGAGUUCCUGCUGCCCCCAGACUCGCCCAUCACCAUCUCACCCUCGGUGGGGACCGUGUUGCCAGGAAAGAGGUGCCUGGUCCAGGUGGCCUUCCGGCCAGUGCUGCCCAGGGAGCUGAUCCGCCAGGAAGCCUUCCAGGCCCUGACCAAAGAAGUGGAGGGAAAAUUGUCCCACAAGGACACAGCCACCCAGAGGAAGGACCUGCAGAGACAGUCCUUCUCCAUGCUGCGUCUGCAGAACCGAGAACGACUCUUCCGGACCUCCACCACCCAGCACCCAGAGCUGCAGAAGCAGGGUCUCAAGUCCAGUUCCCACGACGACCAGGCUGCCCAGGCCACCCUGGUCCGAUCUUUCCCAGGGAAGUUCGAAAAGUUUGUGGUCCCUUGUGUCAUUGCCAGUGGCGACAUCCAAGACAGAAAGGGGACAGAAUCCCUGAGCUUCAGUGCCCACAAUACCCUGUACCUGGAGCUGUGGUGUCCAGCAGUGGCACCGUCCAUCGUAGUGACAUCCGACAGAGGCAAGACUAUCUCCAACUUUGGCGACAUCGCUGUAGGACACUGCAGCAUAAAGAAGGUCUCCAUUCAGAACAUCUCCCCGGAGGACCUUGCCGUGGAGUUCUCCGUGCUGAACCCCUAUGGCCCCUUUGUCCUGCUGAACCCCAUCAGCAAGCUGCCCGCGGGUGAGACCCACGUCCUGGCGCUGUCCUUCUCUCCCUGUGAGAGCGUCCUGGCCCGAGAAGUGCUAGACAUCAUCACCAAGAGAGGCGCGCUCUCCCUGACCCUCGUGGGCACCGGCGUGGCAUCCACAAUCACAUGCUCCAUUGAAGGGGGUGUCCUCAACAUGGGCUACGUGAUUGCCAGAGAGUCCGUCUCCUCCGGCUUCAAGCUGCAGAACAACUCCUCACUGCCCAUCAGGUUCUCCAUGCAGCUGGACAGCCUCUCCAAUGCGGGGAGGGGAGGCCAGCAGCAGCUGCCACAGUUUCUCAGCUCACGGGCCCAGAGGACAGACAUCGUGGGCACGCAGAACCACAGUGGCCAGAGCGUGUUCAGCGUGGUCCCAGUCGAGGGCAUCCUGGACCCAGGUGGGGCCCAGGACUUCACUGUGACCUUCAGCCCGGACCACGAGAGCCUAUACUUCUCUGACCGGCUGCAGGUCGUGCUCUUGGAGAAGAAAAUCUCCCACCAGAUCCUCCUGAAGGGCGCAGCCCGCGAGCACAUGAUGUUCGUAGAGGGCGGAGACCCCCUCGACGUGCCUGUGGAGUCCCUGACCAUGAUCCCCACCUUGGACCCCGAGUGCAGAGAGGAAGGUGAGGAACUGAAGCCCAUCCUGGUGACCCUGGACUACCUCCAGUUGGACACAGACACGCCGGCCCCACCUGCCACCCGAGAGCUGCAGGUGGGCUGCAUCCGGACCACCCAGCUGUCCCCAAAGAAGACUGUCGAGUUCAGCUUGGAUAGCAUCGCGUCCCUGCAGCACAAGGGUUUUACCAUCGAGCCCUCCAAGGGCUUCGUGGAGCGCGGCCAGACCAAGACCAUCAGCAUCUCCUGGACGCCACCUGCCGACUUUGAUCUGGACCACCCACUCAUGGUGUCAGCCCUGCUGCAGCUCAGGGGGGAUGUGAAGGAGAUGUACAAGGUCCUCUUUGUAGCCCAGGUGGUGACCAGCCCCUGAGGCCACAGGAGUCUCUCCACAGAGCCCCCUCAGACCCUCCUGCCCACCCUCGAGGCCCUUCCCUAGUCUAAUGCCAGGCCGAACCAUCAGGGGCCCGGGACCUGCACAUCCCCUGCUGGGCAGGUUUAAAUGGGCAGCCCUCUGCAUGGCCCCAUGGCCAGGGCACCCCAGCCCCAAGGCAUGGCCGCUUCCUGCUGCCCUGGAACCGGUGAGCCCAGGGGCCUAGAGCACCCCCUCCCUGACCCCCCCCACUCAGAACCAGCAAUUAGGCCAGUCCUGCCAUAUCCUACUCCUAACAGCCCCUCGGAGCCCCCAGCCCCACUGGCACCCACCCAGCCUUUAGAGCCCCCAGUGGUUAGAAGAGCUGCUCCCACAGGUCUGCCAAUAAACCCUCUGUGAGCCACUGCAUACAGGCCUGCAUUGCGGGCAACAGCGAGUCAUUUGCUAGGGUGAGCACAGAACGAAAG